GAUGGCGGUGGCCAGUGACCCGAGUGGUGCUGUGGCGGCGACGACGGCGAUGACGAUGAUAGAUGAGAUGUACGAGUUCUCUGCGCCUCGUUUCUUUGACUUCAUCAACGGAGAGACUGAAGAGGAUCAGCGGAGGGCUGAGCUUUGGUUCGAAUCGGCCCUCAGUUAUGGCCCUUCUCCUUUUAUGGCCAGAAUCAAGACUGGUAGAUCCAUCAAGGUUGAGGCCUUAUGUGAUUUUGGUGAAGCAGAGGCUUCGCAGAAGGAAACAGAGUUAUCUGUUUCAAUGACUGCUCAUCAUGUAUCAGAAGAUAAUACUCAAUGUGAGACAGCUCCCGCGCCUGACAAAGGGGAAGGGAUGGUCACUGAGGUCAUAGGACAUAAUGAGAGAGCCCCCAGCAACAUGGUUUCUGCUUAUGAGGAACCAAAAUUAGGAGAAGAGUUGGACGCUGGAGUUCGUAAAGGCACUCAAGAAGUUGACAGUGAUUCAACUUCAAAGUUGGUGGAUAUUGCAUUAACUGAUGAUAAAGAGAACGGCAAGUCCUCUGUUCCAGAAGGAGCAGAAGUUAGCACCCCAAAACCAGUAAUGGCUUCUCAAAAAGGAGAUGUAGUGACUAAUUCCAAGAAAUGCCAGACAGCUAAAAAGAUAGCCAGUUUGAUCAAGAACCCCUCCUCGUUGAGGCCUAAACAGAACUUGCAGUCUUCGCUAGCCAAGAAGUCCAAACCAGAGUGUGUUAAAAGAAAUACAAAUGUGAAGAACUCUGCUGCAACUCCUACUGUAGCUCAAGAAAACCAGGCUAUCAAGCGGCAGAAGUUGGAAGGAGGGAAAUCUAGACAGAUCUUAAAUGUCAAACCUCAAAUUUUGCCUCACAAAUCAAAAUUGGAUCUUGCAAGCCGCACUUCCAGUGUAUGCAGUUCAUCAGCAAAUAAGGCUGGGAAAGAAGAUAGAAAGGUUUACGUUAGGGAACCAGUGCCACAGUUCAUAUCAACGGCAGAAAUGAUGAAGAAGUUUCAGUCCUGUACCAGAGACUUGUCAUUACCGCAUCUUAGAAGUUCUCUUUCACAUGAUAUUGGUGCUUCAAAUAUACAGAGAAAGCCUACUAAACUCACACUUACGAGGCCCAAGGAGCCUGAACUUGAAACAGCACAGCGUAUCCGUACAGUCAGAGUAAAGAGUACUGCGGAGCUUGAGGAAGAGAUGAUGGCUAAAAUUCCAAAAUUCAAAGCUCGGCCAUUGAACAAGAAGAUUUUGGAAGCUCCAGCAUUACCAGUUUUACAGAGAAGUACACCUAAGCCACCAGAGUUUCAGGAGUUCCAUUUUGAGACGACAUCAAGGGCCAAUAACAAUGCAGAAUCGGCUUCUGUUGCUUCCACAGAAAAAUCUCAUCAGGCACAGAAUCACCAAUGGAAAUUUCAUCUAACGGAACCUAAAACUCCACUCCUACAAACAUCCUUGAGGGCCCGCCCACCACGAGUGAAAAGUUCCUUUGAACUAGAGCAGGAGGAACUUGAAAAGGUUCCCAAAUUUAAAGCAAGGCCUCUGAAUAAGAAGAUUUUUGAAAGUAAAGGGAACAUGGGGAUGUUCUGUAAUACAAAGAGACACUUAACCCAACCCCAAGAGUUCCACUUUGCAACAGAUGAACGAUUUCCUCAACCUACUGCUGUUUUUGACUUAUUUGACAAGCUUUCAUUGAAAUCGGAACCCCGACAAGAGAUCCCAAUUCCGAGAAACACGGCCCCUAAUCCUUUCCAUCUCCAUACAGAGGAAAGAGGAGCUGAGAAAGAAAGAAAAUUUGUGACUGAAUUAACGCAAAAGCAGUUGGAAGAGGAAAGAGCCAGGAUUCCCAGAGCUAAUCCAUAUCCGUAUACAACAGAUUACCCUGUGAUUCCUCCAAAGCCCGAGCCCAAGCAUUACACCAAACCCGAACCCUUCCAACUGGAAAGUCUUGUGAGGCAUGAAGAAGAAAUGCAGAGAGAAAUGGAAGAAAGAAACAGAAAAGAGAAAGAAGAGGCCCAGAUGAGGAUUUUCAAGGCCCAGCCGAUUUUAAAAGACAGGGAUCCAAUUCCACUUCCCGAGAGAGCCCGCAAGCCUCUCACACAAGUUCAGGAGUUUAAUCUCCAUGUAGAUCACCGGGCUGUGGAUAGAGCAGAGUUUGAUCAAAAGGUCAAAGAGAAAGAGGCAAUGUAUAAGAGAUACAGAGAGGAGAGUGAGGCUGCUAAAAUGAUUGAAGAAGAGAGAGCAUUGAAACAGCUGAGAAAGACACUGGUUCCCCACGCGAGGCCAAUCCCGAAAUUUGAUCACCCCUUCUGUCCUCAAAGGUCUUCCAAGGAAACAACGAAAGCAAAGUCUCCGAAUCUACGUGUGCUACGGAGGAAGGAAAUGAGAAAGGCAGUCACCAUGCUUCCUGCAGCCUCCAGUGCCGCUGCUCUUAUGAGAUGACGACCCUUCAGUCUAAGGUCUUGUAUUUUGAUAUGUUGUAGCAGCGCGGUGUUCAAGAACAUUUGAACCCAGGGGGGGAAGGGUCACUGGGAAAUUAUGUACCGUCCUCUUCUGACAUUCAACUAUUGUAGGAAUACCUUAUAUUGUUCGUGUACACUAAUCUCCAAUUAAUAGU